AUGUUCUGCUCUUCAUUUCUUCCAGCUGUUAUCCCUCUGACCGACUCUGAGCACAAGCUGCUGGCGCUCCAUUUCGCAGUGGAUCCUGGCAGAGAUUGGGAGUGGGGAAGGGAUGACAAUGAUAAUGCCAAGCUAGCCAGUCUAAUCCUGUCUCUGGAGGCCAAACUUAACCUGCUGCACAACUACAUGAAUGUAACAUGGAUCCAAAUCCCUUCUGAAACAAGGGCUCCCUUGGCUCAGCCAGAGUCUCCCACAGCCUCUGCAGGUGAGGAUGUCCAGUCUCUCGCCGAGUCCAUGGACUCAGACCGCGAGUCUGUCGGCAGCAACUCGAACGUCAAUACGGGCAAGCCCAGCAAGGAGAAGGACAAAGAAAAGCAGCGCAAAGACAAAGACAAGAGUCGAACUGAUUCUGUGGCCAACAGACUCGGAAGCUUCAGCAAAACGCUUGGCAUCAAGCUGAAGAAGAACAUGGGAGGUCUUGGGGGACUUGUGCACGGCAAGAUUAACAAGUCUAACUCUGGCUCAGGUCGUAAUGGGGACAACGGAGGGGAAAAGGCAAAGAAGAAGGAGUCCAAAGCAACUAAGGGAAGCAAGGAGGAGUCGGGCCACUCUACCAGCUCCACCUCCUCAGAGAAAGCCACCAGUCCCUCCCCUACAGACGGAGAGAGACCCUCUAGCUCCUCCCCAACAGAGAGACAGGACAGUGCAGGGAAAAACUCAGGGGAUAGGACCCUGGAAAGCUGGAGGUACAGCACAGAUGUCAAGCUCAGCCUCAACAUCCUACGGGCUGCCAUGCAGGGGGAGCGCAAGUUCAUCUUUGCAGGCCUCCUUCUCACUAGCCAUCGACACCAGUUCCACGAGGAGAUGAUCAGCUACUAUCUCACCAACGCCCAGGAGCGCUUCAGCCAAGAGCAGGAGCAGAAGAGGAAAGAGGCCGAAAAGAAGCCCCCCACCACUAACGAUGUGGCAGCGAAGAAGCCGGAACACGAGUGCACCUUCCAGAGGGAGAGGUCCGACAGUUCGCCUCCGGAGAGCUGCUCUCCCGUCCUGCCUCACCACACCUACAACAACUCACAGCCUCUGUUGGGUCUCAAGGCGCAGGGCAGAAACAGUCCCACUCCCUCAGCCAUGCUCGUUUCUGUUCCAGGCCCACCUCUCACCCCACCAAUUACCUCCCACCAUAUCUCUCACCCAGCCCCCGCGCCUUACUCCUCCCCCAGCAUUGGUGCUAAGAGACCAGGGCCUGUUCCCGUGUCUGUCCAUUACAGCCAUACGCCGCCCAUUCAGAGGCACAGCGUCAUACAUUUACAAGAUGUCAACGUGCAAUCCUCCAUCUUCCAAGAUGAGCCCUAUAAGCCCGUGGUGGGCACCCUCAAAACAUGCGCUACCUACCCCCAGCAGAACCGCACCCUCUCAUCCCAGAGUUACAGCCCAGCCCGCCUGUCGGGGGUCCGCACUGUUAACACCAUGGAAACCCUGGCCUACAACAUGCCCGGCGAACACAAGUCCCACACUUACACCAACGGAUUCAACGCGGGAGACAUUCAGGACUGCCUCGAGUUCGCUGACGAAGACAACGUGUCUCACAGCUGGCUGGGCCAAGAAAAAACCAAAGGGCGGAGCUCUGGAAGCCCUUUGUACUGCUUUCAGCAGCGCCGCUGCAAGAGGGAGAACUGCUCCUUCUACGGGAGGCCGGAGACGGACAACUACUGCUCCUACUGCUACAGGGAGGAGCUGAAACGCAGGGAGAGGGAGAGCAAAGUGCAGAGGCCUGUAUAG